AUGAUUACCAUCGGGAUUUCGUCAAGUCAAAAUGGUUCCAAUAAUGUGGUAUCACCCGUGGCCAUACCGUUGCAUAAUACUAUUAUCCCACAUGGGGGAAAGUCGAAAAAAUUUGCAGGAGUAGACUUCAAGAGAUGGCAACAAAAGAUGCUGUUUUAUCUCUCCACUCUUAAUUUGGCUAAAUUUCUAAAGGAAACUGCACCGACUGUACAAGAAAGGGAAAAUAAUCGUGAAUCGAUUAUUGCUUUGGAUACAUGGAAGCACUCGGACUUCUUAUGCAAAAACUAUAUUCUAAACGGAUUCGAUAAUACACUAUAUGGGGUGUAUAGUUCAAAGGAAUCAGCCAAAAAACUAUGGGAUUCUUUGGAGACAAAGUAUGAGACCGAGGAUGCUGGAACAAAGAAGUUCAUUGUUAGCAAAUUUUUAGACUAUAAGAUGGUGGAUUCCAAAAUCGUAAUUAGUCAAGUGCAAGAGAUUCAAGUUUCAUUGCACGACAUCCACGCCGAGAAAAUGGAAUUGAAACCAAAGGCAACAAACAAGAAACGAAAGGCUAAUAAUUAUGCACCGCAAAGAGACAAUUCCAAGAAGGCUAAGAAGUUCAAAGGGAAUUGUUACAACUGUGACAAGGCUGGACAUCGUUCAAGUGAAUGUCGAAAGCCAAAGAAGAAUGCUCAAGCUCACAUAGUUGCAAAUAACACUCUAUCCGAUGGACUGCGAGAAAUGAGUUUAUCUGCAAUAAAAAAUACGAGUUCUAACAAGAGAACAUAUGAAACUAUCAAUGGAACUUUAAAUGAGGAAGAAUCAAGACGUAGAAAAAGGGCUAGGACUUUCAAGACGUUUGACCCAUAUUUUCUAACUUAUAUGGUAGAGGAUGAUUCAAAUACUUUCGAUGAAGCAAUGUCUACACCGAAAGCACCGCAUUGGAAAGAAGCUAUCAAUAAUGAAAUAGAUUCUAUAAUGCAAAACCAUACAUGA